AUAUUAAAGGGAUAAUGAAUCAGCUUGGCCUUGCAGUUCGAGAAGAUGCUGUUGGUAACAUAUUUGGCCGCUGGGAGGGUUCAGAAGCUGGACUAGGAGCAGUUGGAACUGGUUCUCAUGUUGAUGCCAUUCCAUUCUCAGGAAAAUAUGACGGUGUUGUUGGUGUUCUUGGUGCUCUUGAGGCAAUUAGCUUGCUAAAAAGAUCUGGUUUCCAGCCAAAAAGAUCUUUGGAGGUCAUUAUGUUUACAUCAGAGGAGCCUACACGAUUUGGAAUUAGCUGCUUGGGAAGCCGCUUAAUGGCAGGGAUUGAAGAACUAGCUCAAUCCCUCAGAAUGGUAGUUGACAAUCAGAAUGUGUCAUUUUUAGAUGCUGCAGAAUCUGCUGGCUAUAAGAUGGGCCCAGAAGACCUGCAUAGUGUGUUCUUAAAGAAAGACAGCUACUCUGCUUUUAUAGAAUUGCACAUCGAACAGGGUCCCAUCUUGGAGAAGGAAGGUAUCCCCAUUGGCAUUGUUACUGCUAUUGCUGCUCCUGCAAGCAUUACUGUGGAAUUUGAAGGGAAUGGAGGUCAUGCAGGGGCAGUGCUCAUGCCUGCAAGAAAUGAUGCUGGACUGGCAGCAGCUGAGUUAGCAUUAGCAAUUGAGAAACACGUCCUGGAAUCAGGAUCAAUUGACACUGUUGGCACUACUGGUAUUCUGCAGCUACAUCCAGGAGCAAUCAAUAGCAUCCCAAGUAAAUCACACCUAGAAAUUGAUGUAAGAGAUAUUGAUGAGAAGAGAAGGAAUGAUGUCAUUGAGAAGAUACGCCGAUCUGCAACAGAGAUAUCAAAGAACCGUGGAGUCAUGCUUUCAGAAUUCAAGAUCAUCAAUCAGGAUCCACCUGCUCUAUCUGACAAAUCAGUUAUUGACGCUAUGGAAUUUGCUGUGAAACAGUUGAACCUGGAGUAUAAAAAGAUGAUUAGCAGAGCUUACCACGAUUCACUCUUCAUGGCCAGAGUAUCACCGAUGGGUAUGAUCUUCAUCCCUUGUUACAAAGGUUACAGCCACAAGCCUGAGGAGUAUGCCUCGCAGGAGGACAUGGCAAAUGGGGUCAAAGUUCUAGCCUUGACAAUGGCUAAGCUAUCCCUGGAGUGACUAUUGAGCAUGCGGAGGAAUCAAUUCAUCCGGUGCCAAAACAAACACCUGUAUACUUGCCAAUAAUAAGCUGCACGGCAGCAGCACCAUCAUCCCUGCACAAGACCUGCAUAUAAACAUUCAUCAGGUUUUAUUAGGAAUAAGGUUUGUCAUCUGGUUGAUCUGGAAAAGGCGGUCCUCCAAACUGUUUCCACAAGGAUAUGCAAUCUGGCUGACUCCAUCCAUCCAUCGAUCAUAGUGUGCCACUUGUCCUAGAUGGUUGAUUGGUGAACGAUUCACUGAUAAUGGGGACAGAGAUCUGUAAGGAGCACUGUAUCUGAAAUGAAUGUGCCAUGUACUGCUGGCAGCAUGCUCUGAAAAUUCUGAAACGAUAACCAGCUGGGGGCUGUUUCAGAUUUUUACAGUACAACAUUCUCCUGGGUUUACAAUGCUCUACGGCUCCA